CUCUUAGAGCUCCUCUGUGACAUCACACCGGCUCCGCCCUACGCUGCCCACUCCUGAUACUUGUGCAGCUCGCCUGCGCCCCGGAAGCUGCCCCUGCUCGGGGGUCACGAUGGGCAGCAAGAUGGCUUCCGCCAGCAGGGUCGUGCAGGUAGUGAAGCCACAUGCUCCAUUAAUAAGGUUCCCUGACAGAAGAGACAAUCCUAAACUCAGUGCCUCAGAAGCUUUGAGAUCUGCUGGGCUACCGUCUCACUCAUCUGUAAUUUCACAACAUUCUAAAGGAAGUAUAUCCCCAGACUUGCUGGCGCAUCCCGGGCCUCCAGACACUGCAGAAAUACUAAAGACAUUACCUCAGAAAUACAGAAGGAAACCUAUGUCUCAAGAAGAAAUGGAAUUUAUCCAGCGUGGAGGUCCAGAAUGAUCACUGUGGCUGCUGUUUGUCAUCAGACAAAAGAAUUAUCUUUACAAUAAAGGACUUCCAAAGUGUCAAGUGAAAAUUGUAUAUUAAACAACCUUAAUAAAUAUUCUGCAAAAAGAAUGAAGUAUAGAAACUCUA